AGUACCGCCUUUGCCUUACGCCACAUCCGGUCCAGGAUGCUCUUCCCGCUGCUUCGCGCAUGCGUAGUCCUCUUUACGACUCGCCUGGCAAGAUGUCGGAUGUUCAGAACGAGAGGGCCUAUCAAAGGCAGCCCACCGUCUUCCAGAACAGGAAGCGAGUUUUGGUUCCGGAAGGAGGUGCCAAGGAAAAGCUCCCACGUUACCACAAAAAUGUCGGAUUGGGCUUCAAAACCCCCAGAGAGGCUAUUGAAGGCACUUACAUUGACAAAAAAUGCCCAUUUACUGGCAGCGUGUCCAUCCGAGGCCGCAUUCUGUCUGGUGUGGUGACCAAGAUCAAGAUGCAGAGGACCAUCGUUAUCAGACGUGACUACCUGCAUUAUAUUCGCAAGUACAACCGUUUUGAGAAGAGACACAAGAACUUAUCUGUCCACAUCUCUCCCUGCUUCAGGGAUAUGGCUGUGGGUGACAUCGUCACUGUUGGAGAGUGCAGACCCCUCAGCAAGACAGUGAGGUUCAAUGUCCUGAAGGUCACCAAGGCAGCAGGAUCCAAGAAGCAGUUCCAGAAGUUCUAGAGUUAAUUGAUCAAUUCUAGGUUCCACUGACUUGACUUUGCAAGACAAAAAUAAAAGUUCUGUGGAUUUGUGAA